AUGGCGCCGUACAACGAAGACGUGGAACUCAGCGCCAUCAAGAUCAAGGAAGACUCCCUCACCCUAGGGAGCAGCUACAGCAUGCGGCGCGAACCCAUCUACGACCCGGGCCCCGCGCCGGGCCUCUUCUUCCGCGUCCUCGAGAGCUUCAAGCGCGACCCGAGCCAGAUAGCCGAGAACAGGCGUCACGUCCGCCGGGGAAGAUCGAAGAGCAACUCGUCCAUGGACCUGGAGCCGGGCCACGAGCGCGUCCUCAACGGCGUGCACUACUACGACAUCCGCCUCGCGAACCAGCAGACCUCGAACACGCUGCUGAGCAGGAAGCUCAAGGGCAGGCACCUGCAGAUGAUUGCCAUCGGCGGGUCCAUCGGCACGGGGCUGUUCGUGGCAUCUGGCCAGGCGCUCGAGGUCGGCGGGCCGGCGUCGCUGUUGAUCGCCUUUUCACUUGUGGGUGCCAUGCUGUAUUGCACUUGCCAGGCUCUGGGCGAGCUGGCCGUUGCGUUCCCGGUGGCCGGUUCGUUCUCGGCCUACUCCACGCGGUUCCUGGACCCCUCGUGGGGUUUGCCAUGGGCUGGAAGUGAGUAUACCACCCGCUGUCCGUCGUCGUUCGCGUUAUCAGCCCGGGUGGCUAACGUCUGGUGCAGCUACGCUUUGCAGUGGUUGAUUGUGCUUCCUCUCGAAAUCAUUGCUGCCUCCAUAACGAUAACGUAUUGGGACCCAAGCAUCACCAAAGCGAUCUUUGUCACAAUCUUCCUCGUCGGUAUCAUUACUAUAAACCUCUUUGGCGUCAAGGGAUACGGAGAAGCCGAGUUCAUAUUCUCCAUCAUCAAGAUCAUCGCAGUGAUUGGCUUCAUCCUGCUGGGAAUAGUCCUCAACUGCGGAGGGACCCCGGACUCUGGUUACAUCGGCGGCCAGUACUGGCAGACUCCCGGCGCGUUCCACAACGGCUUCAAGGGCCUCUGCAGCGUCUUCGUCACCGCCGCCUUCGCCUUUGCGGGCACCGAGCUGGUCGGCCUGGCGGCGGCCGAGGCGGCGAACCCGCGCAAGUCGCUGCCCACGGCCAUCAAGCAGGUCUUCUGGCGCAUCACCCUCUUCUACGUCGUGGCCCUCACCCUCAUCGGCCUGCUGGUCCCCUACGACGAGAAACGCCUCCUCGGCGCCAACUCCUCGGUCGACGCGGCCGCGUCCCCCUUUGUCAUUGCCAUCGAGAACGCCAAGAUCGAUAUCCUCCCCUCCGUUAUGAACGCCGUCAUCCUCAUCGCCGUGCUCUCGGUCGGGAACUCGGCCGUCUUCGGCUCCUCCCGUACCCUCGCCGCCCUGGCAGACCAGCACCAGGCCCCGCGCUUCCUCUCCUACGUCGACCGCAAGGGCCGCCCGCUGAUGGCCAUCGGCGCCGCCGCCUUCGUCGGCCUCGUCGCCUACCUCGCCGACCUCAAGCAGCAGGACCAGGUCCUCGACUGGCUCCUCGCCAUCUCGGGCCUCUCGUCCAUCUUCACCUGGGCCUCCAUCUGCCUCUGCCACAUCCGGUUCCGGCAGGCCUGGGCCCGCAAGGGCCACGGCCUGCACGAGCUCGCCUUCCGCUCCCAGGUCGGCGUCCUGGGCUCCUGGUGCGGCCUGAUCAUGAACCUCCUCGUGCUCGUCGCGCAGUUCUGGGUCGGCGCCUUCCCCGUCGGCUGGGAGAAGUGGGAGGCCGAGGCCGUCGCGCGCAACUUUUUCCUGCGCUACGCCGCCUUCCCCAUCGUCGCCAUCAUGUACAUUGUCCACAAGUUCUACUUCCGCACCGUCUUGAUCCGCGUCGACGACAUGGACGUCGACACGGGCCGCCGCGACUUCAACCUCGGCAUCCUCGUCGCGCAGGAGCAGGAGGAGAGGCGGUCGUGGCCCAAGUGGAAGCGCGUCUACAAGUUCCUGUGUUGA